AUGCUUCAGUCAUUUAAAAAGUCGUUUUUAAAAGGUCGGGAAAAGCAGGGGACAGCUUCGCACAAUGCAUCAGCAGUCGAGGCAAUCGCCGCUUGGGGGGGAGCGGACGCUGUGGAAAGCCCGCAUCAGCAUCCAGGCGUCGCGAAUCCAACCGCUCCUGCUCGUCGCGACCCGAACGAAGAGAUCGCGAAUCCUUUCGCGGAGCCACUGCCGCUGUUAUCAGACGUGGGUGCGCAGGAGCAGCAGGCACUAAUAAUUUUCCGGAAGCUUCGCCUCUGUACUUACCUGUUCGAUUUUAACGACCCAAUGACAAACCUGAAGGAGAAGGAAAUUAAGCGACAAACUCUGCUCGAGCUAGUCGACUACCUUAAAUCUGGAACCGGGAAAUUCAACGCUUUGGUAUUCGAAGGCAUCAAGCAAAUGUUGGAGAUUAAUCUCUUCCGGCCGUUACCGCCGUCUGCGCACAAGAUGUCCGGGUUGGAAUCAUUCGACCCGGAGGAGGAAGAGCCUACUACGGAAGCUGCGUGGCCGCACCUGCAAAUAGUCUACGAGAUAUUUCUUUGGUAUGUCAUCUCUAACGAGACUGACAGGAAUGUCGCGAAGCGCUACAUCGACCAGAAGUUCAUCUUAAAGCUGCUGAACCUGUUCGACUCGGAGGACCCUCGCGAGCGGGAGUGCGUGAAGACUAGUCUGCACCGGAUUUACGACAAGUUCAUGGUUCACCGGCCGUUCAUCCGCAAAGAGAUCAGCAACAUGAUUAUCUCCCAAUUUAUCGAGUCGGAUCGGCAUAACGGCAUCGCGCAGCUUCUGGAGAUUCUAGGGAGCAUUAUCAACGGAUUCGCGCUGCCGCUUAAGGAGGAGCAUAAGGUGUCCCUGGUCCGCGCGCUUGUUCCGCUGCACAAGACUAAGUACCUGUGGCUGUACCACGAGCAGCUGUCGUACUGCAUCACUCAGUUCGUCGAAAAAGACCCGAAGCUCGCGGAUUUGGUGCUGCGCGGGUUGCUUGAGUUCUGGCCCUUAACUAAUAGUCAGAAGGAGGUGCUGUUCCUGGGGGAGUUGGAGGAGAUUCUGGAGCUCACGCAGGCGCCGGAGUUUCAGAUGGUCAUGACGCCGCUGUUCCAGCAGAUCGCUCGCUGCCUCAGCUCCCCACACUCCGCGAACUCUUAUGUCUUUCCCUCCACCCUCUUCCUUCUGCCAUGCCUUCAGGUGGCGGAGCGUGCGUUGCGCCUGUGGAACAACGACUACAUUGUGACGCUCGUGGCUCAGAACCGCGCCACCAUCCUGCCGCUCCUCUCCACUGCCCUCCAGCGCAACGCUGAAAGUCACUGGGACCAGGCGCCUCAAACGUUGUCUCCUGUUUUGAGGCGCUUCAAAAUGUGUUGUGGUGAUGGUAUGGGCAUGGAGCCCUGUGUAAUGCUUGCCUGCCUUUGUCAACUUGACCCUCUCCCAUUGCAUCUCAUUCCCCGUCACCUACAUAUCCCACCUCUUCUUCAUCCUCUCUCACACUGCUCACCCUCAAAUUCCCACCUCUUCUCCGUCCUCUCCCACUCUUCUCAUCCCCGUCUCCCUCUCCACUCUCUCCUCUCCCCCCCACUCUCUCCUCUCCCCCCCCACUCUCUCCUCUCCCCCCCCACUCUCUCCUCUCCCCCCCCACUCUCUCCUCUCCCCCCCCACUCUCUCCUCUCCCCGUCCUCUCUCUCCCCUCUCCCUUCCUUUUCCUCUCCUCCCCCCUCCUCUCCCCCCUCCUCCCUCCUCUCCCUCCUCUCCCCCACCUCUCUCUCCUCUCCCCCUCCUCUCGCCCCUCACUCUUCUUCAUCUUCCCCUCCUUCGUCUCUUGUCUUCACAAUGCGCAUACUAGGAACGGAGAGAGAUCCAAUUCUCUCCUGCCCAAUGCAUGAGUGCUGUGCUGCUUUUGAUGCGCCUAAAAAAUCGAGGCAUGCAUGCUGCUCUCACUCCUCUCUUUUCACCCUCUCCUCUCCAUCCUCUCUCCAUCUCCUCGCCCUCAUCGCCUCCAUGCCUCUCUCUCCUCCCCCCCAUCCCGUCCCCCCUUCCUUUCUUCCACUCCUCCAUUUCCCUUCCUCCUCGUUCGGACCACUUUCCCCCCUUCCUUUCCCCCCGUUCCAUCCACCCUCCCCACUCUUGUCCUCCCAGGCCGUGAAAGAGCUGAGCAUCAACGUUUGCAAGAUGUUUCUUGAGAUGGAUGCAAUGGAUGAGCUGGAUGCGAUGACUGCAAUGACUUUUGAGAGGAAUCAAAAGUCAUCUCUGGACGCGAGGGCCACGAUGGGCGAGGAGCACGAGGAGCACGAGGAGGGAGAGGAGGACGAGGAGGGAGAGGAGGACGAGGAGGGAGAGGAGGGCGAGGAGGGCGAGAAGGGCAAGGAGGGCGAGGAGGACGAGGAGGACGCGAUGAGCAAUCUUCACGUCGAGUAUCAGCACCAAUCCCUAAAAGAUGAGGGUCAGUAA